AUGUACGAAGGGAUCGACAACCUGAAAUCCCUUUACGACCGUGCCGGGAAGACUUUCUCCGGCGGUCCUUCUGCGACACAGGAUGUGCCGCGUCGUACUGCUCAACCAGACCCAGUACGUCGAUCAUCAGUUAGGAGCGGGGCUCCCAAGUAUCCCAGGACGGGGGAUAGCCGCGCCACCGGACGAGGUAACUCGUCCGACGUCCGUUCACGUCGCGGUAGUUCAACAGCUGCUCAACUAGAUAGCGCUGGCCACCGCGAGAGUCCUCUAAUGGAGGUGGAGGAGGAGGAAAGACGCUCUCCACACGAUCAUGGGGAUCCGUGUGUUCCCGAGAGCUUCUUUGAUCGCGUAACGCAAGGGUUACGCGGCGAUCUCGAACACGAGCGGGACAGGCGUCUCCAACUGGCGGACGCUGUUUCGAAGCAUCGAGCUGAGUUUGCCUUUGCUCAGCUUGAGAACGAGAGAUCUCUGACAUCUCUCUGUGACGAGCUAAGGGUAGCUCGUGGGAUUGUUGAUCGGUCUCGGGAUGAGAUAACUGCUCUUCAGACCCUUGUUGAUGCCCACCAUCGGGAGCACAAGGCUCUCUGCGAGAUGCUUGAGCGCAAGGGCGUUCUUCAUCGGAAGAAGCAGCGUACUGAUGGUACGGCUUAA